AUGGGUAACGCAUACACGAUUGAACUGCCCCGUAAGAUGCGUACGCAUCCUACUUUUAAUGUCGGUCGUCUACGCCCGUACUAUCAGUACGAGCCCGUUUUGAGAUGCGAAGAACACCUCCGUGGUCGAGAGCCGAGGCCACCUUGGAAUGGUCCCGUUUUAACGAGCCAGUCUGGUCGACCAGCGAAGCGACCUGUUCACGCAGCUCAGCGAUGUCUCGACGAGCUACAGCCAGCUCAGCACGAAGAGAACGAGUCGAACGUUCGCUCUCAAGUUGUGCGAACGCAAAAGCGGCACGAUCGUCCGAACGAUCGUGCGUUAGGGAAUUGUAAUUAUCCCUCACAAGAUCCUCAAGCCCAUAAGGCCGAGAUCGUUAACGAUCCAGGUCAUCUUGCAACUGUUCCGUUAGACGGUUCAGCUCUUGAACAUCAAGUUGAUCCGACCCUCGAGCCGGAUCAGGUAUUCCUACCGCCACCACAUCCUUUGGUGGAUUCUGGCGGUGAUCAACGCUUUCUGUUGGAGCGUAUUUUAAACCAACGCAACGUGAAUGGCGUCCGGACGAGUUACCUCGUCCGCUGGCGUGGCUAUCCACCGGCGUGGGACAGCUGGGAGCCUCGUGCCCAGCUGAUUGUUGAUGUUCUUGGUCUCGUCGAGCAGUACGACGAGACCCACCCGCUGCAUUUGAAGAAGGGCUGUCGGAAAACGACCUCCCCGACCGCGAGUACAGGGAUUGCAAGGUGUCAAUCCCUCUGGCCAUCUCGGAAGAGAUGCGCGCCCUCCAGUAAAGAUCUUAGGGAGGUAGGCCUCCCUAGGGGCACGGUUCGAGUUGUACAGGCAACCUGGACACGAAUCACCCCACAAGAGACAGGGUAA